AUGGGUCAGCUGGAACCCAUGAUGAAAGAUGUGGAUUCAAUAGUACCAGAAAUUCAAAUGGGAGGGAUGAAUUCUGUAUCUAGUAAUUCCGAAUCACAGCAGCUUUCGAUACCAAACAAACAAAUGGGACUGAUGCUGGAACCUGUGCCUGAUAAUCCAAGGUUGCAUGGCUUAUCAAUGACAUACUCGCAAAUGGGACAGAUUGCCAAUUCAAAUGGAACUCAUGGUCCACAGAAACUUUUAUCACCUAGCAAUCAUCUGGGAGAGAUUGGAUCCUUCCCUAAGAAUUUGGAAUCACAUCAGUUGUUGGGAUCAGUUAAGCGAAAGGCACCUUCGGAACUCAUGUCCGAUAAUCCAGCAACACAUCAGUUGUCAAUGCUAAACAAGCGAGUGGCACAUAUGGAACAUAGACCAUGGUUGCAGCAAGCGCCUGCAGCAAACAGAAGAUCUGUACAAAUGGAAUCUGUGCACAAUGCCCCAUUAUCUCCUCAUUUGCCAGCGCCAAAUAAGAGAAUGGUAAAGAUAGAAUCCGGGGGAUCUGUGCAAAAUGCUCCAGGAUCACCUCAUUUGCUAGCCCCAAAUAAGAAAAUGGUGAAGAUGGAAUCCUUUUCUGGUAGGUCUGUGUCACAGCGGUCUUCGAGUCAAAAAACUCAAAUGCUGCAGUCACAACCAUCUCCCAAGAUUCAAAAAGAAUCAUUUGAAUCUGUAAGGUCCAAAAUGAGGGAAUCUUUAGCUGCUGCAUUGGCGUUGGUUAAUCAGCAGCAAGAUAAAUGUGUGGAUUCAGGGAGUAAGUCUCAGGGUGAGGCAGGAGGAAUUCAGGGGAGUACACAGGAGAAUCCCCAACCUGCCGCUGAUGCUGCUUACACUGACUCUAAAGAGCCUAAGGAGAAUUUCACUUCCAGUGAAACUUGUUCCAUUAGGAAAAGUGAUGAUGGUGAAGGUGCAGGCCAAAUGAUUUUGGCUGAUGCAACUACAAGUGCUUCUGCAUUGACACCAAUAUGCGAUGGCAAGGAAUUCCAAUCAAGUAAUAUUCUGCGUUAUGAAGAUGUUUCAUUUAAUGACAACUUGUUUGUGAAAGAUGAACUUUUGCAGGGAAAUGGUCUCUCCUGGGUAUUGGAUUCUGAGAUGGAAAUGACAGAGAGAAAAGACAUUCAACCUGCUGAAAAACAGAAGUUGGAUCAUGAGGAGAUGGAUAGACGCCCAGAAGAACAAGCAGUUCAAUCUCCAGAAGAGUUGGCCUCUAGAAUUGAAGCAGAACUUUUCAAAUUAUUUGGAGGUGUGAAUAAGAAGUAUAAAGAGAAGGGAAGGUCCCUUUUGUUCAAUCUAAAGACCGUAAUAAUCCAGAACUAA